GAGCCGAAGGCAGACGCUUAACCGCUGUGCCACCCAGGCACCCCUAAGCAAAUAGUAUUAAAGUAGUAGUACCUGCUGCUGUCAUUUUGUAGUAGAUUAACAGAAGGGUGACCUCACUGCCACAGUGAUCCUUCUUGAAAACUUUUUAGUCUCUUUUGGUGAACCCUCUUCUUCCACUACCUCUUAAAUAAAUGUUAAUGUGCUCAGGCCUCUUCUUAGGCUCUAUCUUCUGUCCAGGUGAUCUCAUCCCACACUCUUGGAUUUCAUAGGCACCCAGGUCUGAAUCACAGACCAGAUUUCUCCCCCUGAGCUUCGACCCGUGUAUCUACCUUUUUACUGUGCCAUUCCAUCUCAGCAUUCCACACAUAUUAUACAUUCCCCAAUAUAAGAUACACUUCUCUUGUUUUUCCUGGUAUAUUAGGGGGUACUACUAUUACCAAGACUUUCAGAUCAGAAGACUGGAAAUUAUCCUAGCUUAGCUCCCUCUCUCUCACCCCGCUCUUAAUCCAUCACCUUCUCUUUCCCUCUCUGUGUAUGGGGAUCCUGACCACUUCUCUCCAUCCUCAUAGCCACUGCCCUUCGGUCCACCCCAUUUCACUAGGCCAGAAUCUUCACCUUCAGUCUCACUGUCCUCCAUCCUAUUCCUUACUCCCCCAGCCAGACUUAUCUCAAAAACUGAGUUGUGAUAGACGGCUCCCCACAGUCUGCUCCCAAGCCUUACUCUCCAGCACUGUAAGGAAAGACCCUUCUUCUAGGCAUACACGCCACUUUGUAAGAGGCUCAAAAACAUUUUGGAACAAUAAAAUAUAAAUAUCCUUGCUACCUGAAGUGUUACUGCAGACCUAGGGACUGCAUCAUCUGGGAUCUUACUAAAAAUUUAGAAUCUCAGGUCCCACCCUAAACUUACUGUAUCAAAAUCCUCAUUUAUAAGAUCUCCAGGUGAUUUAUGUGCACAUUAAAGUUUGAGAAGCACUGAGUUAUUAAACACAAUUUUUUUUUUAAUCAGUGGAGAAAUCAGAGUUAAGGGAAAAUCUGAUGAAGUCAGAACUGAAGUAACAUUAAUACUGUUAAAUACAUGAAGUCCAGUGGUCUGUACUUAAUUGGGGGCUGGGUGGUAAUACCAAAUUUGAGGAAAUUGGAAGACAACUUGAUCAACAUUUUUAGUAUAUGUAGGUACUAGGCUUAAUACUUUCUCUUCCACCACCCCUCUCCUGCCUCCUUUCAUAUUACAGUGCCUACAUCAAAAAAUCCCCUAAGUCCAGACUGUCUGAUCUUCCUUUCCAGGGGACUAAAGAGCAAGCACUCCUCAACAACCCCCUGCCCUUCCUUAGUUUCCGGAGGUUCAUUAGCUGUGGCAGCAAGAUCAAAGAGCAGGCCUCUCCUAUCCCUCAACAUCAGUUCAUCCUUUAGUCAGUCCUUCUUCCAAAAAGGCCACCCUCCCUCCCUGACCUUCCCGUUCCAGCUGUGCUCCAGGCCAUCGGGCCACUUUUUACGCUGGACUGUAAUUGAUUAAUGGGAGGCAGUCCCCAGCUGUGCUGAAAGGCACAGGCUUUCGAAUCAGAUACACUCAGGUCUGAAUCUCAGCUCCCCCUCCUACAAGAUAUGACUUUGAACCAGUGACUUAACCUCUCUGGGCUUUCCUUUCCUCACCUGUAAAAUGUGGCUAUUAAUGGUACUUUACUGUCCAAAACUGUUGGGAGAAAUGGGUGAAUUAACACAUGGCAGUAAUGUGUGCCAUACCUCACCGGUCCCGGCGCCCGGUUUAAACAGUAAAUAGCUGAGUGGCUGCAGCACUCAUGGUCACGCUGGCCAAUGUUGAGCCAGGAGGAACUGGAGGCCUGUGCGGGGCUCGGGACUCCUUUACCCUUCGCCCAGUCGGGCCUGCCCCCUCGCGAGUAAGGCGGGACCGUCGGAUUGAGUGACGGCUAGUGGCCCGCCCCGGGCGUGACGUCGUCCUGGUGUUGUUGCUGCGGCCGCACGUGGUCCGCUGAGUCCGCUUCAGAGUUAGCUGCACUCCGUGUCCUCGGCAGCAGCCGAUUGCCUUCCUGCUCGUCCCGCUCGCUAUGUCCACAUCCACGAGCUGCCCAAUUCCCGGGGGCAGGGACCGGCUGCCCGACUGCUACAGCACCACGCCGGGGGGCACGCUAUACGCCACUACCCCGGGAGGCACCAGGAUCAUCUACGACCGAAAGUUCCUGCUGGAGUGCAAGAACUCACCCAUUGCUCGGACGCCCCCCUGCUGCCUCCCUCAGAUUCCCGGGGUCACAACUCCUCCAACAGCCCCACCCUCCAAGCUGGAGGAGCUGAAGGAGCAGAAGGAGACAGAGGAAGAGAUACCCGAUGACGCACAAUUUGAAAUGGACAUCUAACCCAGUGCAGAUGAUCCGGUGUGGAAUUAGAGGAAUCCCUCAUACCGCUGCUGCCAUCACCUCUUCCUGGUGUAUUCCAAACAUCAGGUGGCCUCAUGUAAUCUGGAAGGGAGUGACUUGUGGUUCCGGGCCUCCCUUAGUUCUGAGGCAGCUAGACCAGGGAUAGGAGUGGGCAACGUGCCAAGCCCUUAGCUCUACUUUCCCUUCGGUCUGUAGGUACUCCUCCCAACCCCCAGCCCUCCAUCAUCAGAGGCUGAGGCUAGGACUGAGGGAUGGAGUAUGUCACUGUCUGAUUGCUUAGUAAAAAUUCAAAGAAAUGCUUUGACUCUGGUGUUCUCAACACUGAUCUUCCCAUCUCAGCCAUACAGCUGAGGCCCCCAGCGACCUGGUUAAGAUCAGAGGUCCCAGGUCCCUUCCCAGCUGUCAUUGGGCCCACCUCUAGCAGCAGUUAGAGCCUAAGGUAGGCCAUGGGGGCAGGCUAUAGGAGCGGCCAAACCAUAAAGAGCAAUAGCCUGACCCCUGCCAAGGGCUGUUCCAGCUUUUCCAGUAAGCAGCCUUCCUGGAAUUGGGCCUCUCCAGCCGUCCCUCCCUAUCUGUUCCACAGCAGGAAAAAAAGAGGCACUGUCCUAGAGUUUAACCUUCUCCAGGCUCUCCCCAUGCCUUUUCUGCCUUCCACCUGUAAAUAUCGUCCCCUAUUCCAACACUGAAAACCUAUAUCCUCCCUUCUCAGCAUGAUUUGAACCUCUAUGGCCCCUUCCACUUGGCUCUCUUGUCCUCAGAGGGUUAGAAGAGACUUUAGGGCCCAAGAUGAGGUAGCAGCUUACUUGACAAGUCAGAUAGAGUCAUGAUCCUACUCCUGACCACCCCCCCAACCCCCAAGAAAGUCAUGAUCCUGUAUAUCAGCAAUCUAGUCUUUUUCUCCUUCAAUUAGCUGUGUUCUAAUCUCUGUAGCACUGUGUAGCUCAAUGGUGACAGUGCAAACAGGGCAGUCUCCUUUUCUAGAGGGAAAAUUCUCCCCUGCUAUUUGAGCUUCUGUUUUUAUGCUGAAACGAAAUUAUCUAAAAAUAGAGAUACUCAGCCCA